ACUAUUGUUGUUGUUCCACAGAAGCCAUACGGUGAGAGAAAACUCUGCCAUCCAGGAGGAGAAACCUAACAUAAUGAAGUACGCCGCCAUGCCUUUUCUGUUUCCAUUAUCAGUGGUCUUAGUAUUGUGUCUGAUCACAGACGUCGGAGACUGUCGAAUGGGGUGGAUGGUAUUUGGCAGCUGUAUCCUUAAACAUAUGGGUUUCCCAGCCUUACUUAAUAAAGACGUUCGCUGCGCUGCGAAUGAGAUGUUUAAAAUUUUCUAUAAAAUGACCACUAGAAAAUGUAUCAACUGUGAGAGGUAUUUUUAUUGUCAGAGCAACUACAACGCUGUGUACAACUGUGGUCAGAAUUUCAAGUCCAUACACACUGCUGAGGUUAUCAGCAAUUGCCGGGAGUUCUUACAGGGAGGAACUGACAGCAGAGCCAACCAGAAAGCCAAAAGACACGGGAGAAGAGGAUGGAACUGUGCCAGAAAGUAUCUUUGUGCAGUCAACUGCAAAUAUAACCCGAGUCACGGAACUUGUUCGUUAUCAAAUUGUUGAAAACCGGUCUUAAGUUUGUCUUUGAAGCAAUUUCGUGAGAAUGAUUGAAGACAAUAAUGUUGA